GAUUUGGAUAAAACCGAUUGAGUCAGUAGUAUGGUCCAGAAGAUAUGUCAUUUAUGUAACCAUCAUUGUGCUCCCAUCACCGAGAUAGGUUCUUAAGUGUUUUAUUGGACAGUAUUGACAUUUAUUUGUUUCUUCUCCCUGCCAUAUAUAUUGAGCUUUGUUCAGAGCCCUUUCAACCAACACAUGAUGUCUUCCAGUCUUCCUCGUCGAUAAUCUUGUUAUUCGAUCUUGAUUAAUGACUUGCCUCUUAAUAGUUAGUUUACUGUUGCAUGUUGCCAUAAGCUUUCGUUUGAUGUAUUUUUCACUACCAUACUGUUUUCUUUCCUAAACUAUUGUAAUUUAAACUUAAUCUUCUGUAUUUUAUUUUCUACCCUAAUCCCAAACUUUGGACGUAAUUGUAUUUUCCUAAUUGUUUGCGCGUUAUGGUCUGGAAAGUCAUCUAUUUAUUCCUGUUAUCUGAAUCAGGAACCAGAUAGGAAUUAGGAAUAAAUCGAGUAGUGCUCCAAUCGGCUUAACUUCUCUCUCUCUCACGUGCUUGUCAGCCAGUCAGGUGGCAGAAAAAUUUUCGUCUCUAUCCCAAGCAGUUAGUUUCAAUCCGAACUCAGGGUUAAACUAGUCAGCCUAUUGCGUCAGGGUCUUUAUCUAGAUUUAGACAAGUUACCAUCUGCAUAUGAGUGGGUAGACAGACCAAGAACGUAACAAGUGGUGACGGCGAUUUCUUUUUCUACAUUGACGUAUGUGUCUUUAGACGGCCUUAAAACUAUUCAACAGAUUCAGCAAGCGCAGAAUGAUGCAAAUCAACUGAAUCUUUUGGAUACACAAACGCAGAAUCUCUCAUUACAUUUAUCUUCAAAGUCUCAACCAGAUAAGUAUGAAAGGAUCGCAAAUUCUAUUUGUGAAUUCAGUUAUGGGUAAGACUCUAACUUAUGGACGAGCCAAUCAAAAGCGUUUGAGGGAUUUCAAGGUCACGGCGCUAAGUUCAAUACGAGAUGCUGUAACAGUAUCGAAAAUCACUACGUGUAACUUUAUUAAUGCAGGUUUGUUUUCCUUAUUGCAGGACAACAGAAAGUGAAUGUAUUAGAAGAAGAAGAACAAAGCUUGCGCAAACUAAACCUGCUGGAUGAUGAGUAAAACUAUUUUGUAACAGACUUCUCUUUUUGUACAAAAACCGCGUAUUUCAAUUUCUAAUAUAUCUCUGUUGUGCUCGCACGCCGUGUUCUCACUUGAGUGGCAUCUGCCAGUCCUGACUGUUGUGUUGUGUUUCAGAUUGCUCCUGCCUGCAAGUAAACGCUAAGAAUACGUGCUACAAGUGGUGAUGGAGGUGUUUAUGUUGUAGUGACUCACGUUUAUCACGAGAACACGACUGGUUUAAUAAAAACAAUUAUUAUUAUAACCAACUGUACCGGUGUGUGUUUUAAUGUGCUUUUGUUUAACUGUGCUAAUUAUAGCCAUUUUGUGCUUCCAUUACCUUCCAUCAUUGUUCCGCGGUUUUUGGUACUGUUCGUACGUACUCCUGUAUUCUGCUUCCACUUGUACCAUUCCUUGGCACGAUCUCGGUAUUCGUUCAAUACCACGAGAUCGUCAACGAAAUAAAUCUGGUUAUGUUCGAUCCUCGCCUUCUGAUCUAUUUGGCACGUGUUUCUUGGUAGCGGUGUUCAUAGUCAACCGCGACUCGACGCUACGCUACAAUUGGUGGCCCGUAUUUUGGAACACGCCUCAGCUUCUGGUCAAAUCUUCCAAAGAAGCCAAUUCGGUGAGUCUAUGAUUUAUCUAUCCACGUCUGUCGUAUAUUUUCAUAUUUAAUAUAUAAUAUACUCGACAUGACGGGUAACGAUAAGAAUAGUAUUAAUAUAAUAGACUCCCAUUUAUGUGUACCGAAUCCUUGUUACUUUUUAUUCGCGUGAUGAUGAAUUCCACGCUUUAUUCGAGAAAUUUUCCCCUAUUAACUAUUCUCCUCGCUGACCCGGCUGCUUGGUACGGAAUGCAUACGCAUAAGCAUAUCUGUCUAUCACCCAGCACCAAAUGGUUAAGUUGAACGGUUUCAUUGCCAACUUAAAAGUGCUCUACGAGCACACGAGAACGACAACUGGUACGAAACCUUACCGCUCGUUCUUUUAGGGAUCAGAACGAGCUUAAAGGCAGAUAUACAAUGUUCCACCACUGAACUGGUAUACGGCACGACAUUGCGUCUGCCCGGGGAAUUCUUUACACCACGGAGCAGACCUAAUUUCGGUAAAUCAGACAACGUCCAUCAACUGUCUGCAUUUAUGCGAACGCUGUCUCCGGUGUCAACUCGAAUACAACAUCGACAGGUCGCUGUCUCUCGAGAGUUAUCUACCUGUUCACAUGUUUUUGUACGAGUAGAUUCGGUACGCAAACCUUGGCAACAACCUUACGAAGGCCCUUUUCACGUGAUCGCUCGUCACGAAAAGACCUUCAAGGUUGAUCGAUAUGGACGCGUUGAGAUCGCCAACGUUGAUCGUCUCAAACCAGCACACGUCAGUGACAGUGCCCUAUCUGGUAACCUGAGAUUCAAUGCUAGACCUAUUAAACCUAGCGGGAUCCUUAAAUCUUUUUCAGGUCCCACGCUAGUUACAUCUGAGACCUCAUUCUCACGUCCCAGACAACAGCACGCGUCAUCUGCAACGUCUACGGAUGAGACGACAGUCUCACGUCCAGAUCAGCAGACCACGCCGCCCUUGACUUCGGAUGAGAUUGCAGGCUCACGCGACGCGAACGAGAUUGCCGUCUCACGUUCCGGCCGCCGAGUACGGUUACCCGUACGCUUCCGCGAAUAGUCGCACACUCAACAACCGAUACGGUGUAGGAUUAUUCCUAUACUACACGCGUGCUACACUCUUCUCUUUUUUGAUUUUCUUUUUGUUUCCUGAGCCUACGCCUUCGACCAUCUCCGCUUGGUUCCGUCGACUUCAGUCAACUUUGGCGAAAGCUGGCCUGAUCACCCAUGCUCUUGUCAACGCACUCAGUCGAUAUAUUGGUUUCGAAUGCUUGGCACACGCUUGGUCUCGAACUUGGUCGUUACGGUCGCUUCUGGUCUUUUGGCUCAACGUGGGUUCGUCCUACGUCUGCAGCGUUUCUGGUGCGCACCUCUACGAACGCCCUCUUCAGAUUCUGGGUACAAACCACUCUGGUGUAGCAUGCCAAUUCGAGCAAUAAAUACAACACAUCGCUCCUGGUACUGUUCUCCGAAAACGACCUUCGUUGGCAACUCGACGAUCAACGAUCGCUUUCCUGUUCGCCAAUUCUUCCGUCCUACAAUCGCUCGUCAGCCGAUCAGUCCCACGAUUCAAACCGCUAUUUAUCGAAAGUGUAAACCCUUUCUAGCGGGGGGCUCCUGUAGUGACUCACGUUUAUCACGAGAACACGACUGGUUUAAUAAAAACAAUUAUUAUUAUAACCAACUGUACCGGUGUGUGUUUUAAUGUGCUUUUGUUUAACUGUGCUAAUUAUAGCCAUUUUGUGCUUCCAUUACCUUCCAUCAUUGUUCCGCGGUUUUUGGUACUGUUCGUACGUACUCCUGUAUUCUGCUUCCACUUGUACCAUUCCUUGGCACGAUCUCGGUAUUCGUUCAAUACCACGAGAUCGUCAACGAAAUAAAUCUGGUUAUGUUCGAUCCUCGCCUUCUGAUCUAUUUGGCACGUGUUUCUUGGUGGCGGUGUUCAUAGUCAACCGCGACUCGACGCCACGCCACAAUGUCAAAACAUGAUGAAAUCCCAGCCAUCCCCGGCAAGUUAACAGUCAACACAACCCCUCGCCAACCGCCACUUUUAGGCGUCUCAUCAGACUAUGACAUCUGGAAAAUUAGAGCAAUGACGUGCCUACGUCGAGUUCCAACUUCGGAACACUUCGAUAACCUUCUGUCCUACUUAGAUGACGAAGCAGCGAAACGAGCGACAGCUAACGGCUUUACUGCGUGCAACUCACCAUCUCAAAAUUGGAAGAUUUUAGAUGAAUGUUUUUCGUUGAAGGUGGAUACCCAGCAGUCAGCCAUCCAAUUUUUGUCUCGCCACCAGAAACCUCAUGAAAGCCCCAUCGACUAUCUUCAUUCAUUACAGCAGAUAGCAACCCAGGCAUUCCCUAGCCUGGACAUCUUGGGGCGAGAAGAAAUUACACGCUCCCGUUUUAUUGAAGGACUGCUGCCGGGUGCACUGAGAGAACAUCUACUUCGAGUGCCACCGGCUGACACAGCCGACUUGAAACGAACGGCACUUCGAUUUUUGACAGUUCCAUUGGCGACCUAUCGACCAACCGUGAUGACUAUCGAUGAAGCCACCGAACCUAAUCGACAAGAUAGCUUUCAAAGUGCCGCGGCUAUUAGAGAGUUCCCUGACCGGAAUAGUAGACGAGGGCAGCCGACUUCCACGUGGAACGGACGGUCGUCAAGGGACAACUAUCGAGACCAGCAAACAGAAUGCUUCUACUGCAGACGUUUCGGCAAAAAUGCCAAGAAAUGCGGGCAUAACCGCGUGAAAAACAGAGGUAAGCAGUGUCGUUUGCAUAUAUCGUCUUGCUAUGUUAAAUAUUUGUGCCCUGUUACUAUUAGGGGUAGAGUGCAAAGUACUGAGAUUAAUAUACUAUUAGAUACAGGAGCUUCAGUAUCCUUGAUCAAGGAAGACCUCUUGCAGAAACUUAACCACAGCACUCAGCGUAAACAAUGCUCUUCUACCUUAAUUACCGCGAGCGGAGAACCCUUGAAAGUGUGUUCUAAGAUAGGGUUAGAGCUGACGAUUGACAAGAAGCCUUUUCAACAUGAAUUCUGGGUUUGCCCCACACUGACUUGGGACAUGAUUCUCGGGGUCGACUUCAUGUUAAAAUACCAGGUCUCUAUACACAUGAAUAAGUCAGAAGCGAGUAUUGGUGGAGUUGUCGUGCAAACACAACACCAUGAAAUACCAACUAAGUCCGUAGCCCAGGCGGGAAUUUCAGAACUUGUACGUCAGGUACAGGAUAAUAAAAUAAUAAGUGAAAAAGACCGUCGAGCUACCACUGAUGUACUCCAACAAUUUAGUUCCGUUUUCUCUGAGAAUAUCUCUGGAAAUCGGACGACCACUGUACAGCACUCCAUCCUCACAGGUGAUCACAUGCCACUACGUCAACCACCUCGCCGAGUACCAGUACAUUACCAGCCUCAAUUAGAACCAAUGAUAAAAGAUAUGCUAGAGAAAAAGAUCAUUGUACCAUCUUCAUCACCAUGGGCAUCGCCUAUCGUUUUAGUGAAAAAGAAAGACUCUUCCCUACGACUAUGCGUAGACUACCGCCGCCUUAACGCUAUAACUAAACGUGAUUCUUUCCCACUUCCACGUAUAGACGCUACAUUAGAUGCCAUGAAAGGCGCCCAUUGGUUCUCGACUUUAGACUUAGCAUCAGGGUAUUGGCAAGUGGAAGUCCGACCUCAAGAUAGAAAAAAGACUGCAUUCACAGUACCCAAUGGUCUAUAUGAAUUUCAAGUGAUGCCGUUUGGGCUAACUAAUGCCCCAGCCACUUUCCAACGAUUAAUGCAGACAGUUCUACACGGUCUCGUACCACACCAGUGUUUAAUUUACCUUGACGAUAUUAUUGUGUAUGGCAGAACGCCGGAACAGCAUAAUGCCAAUUUGAAGGCAGUCCUACAACGAAUUAAGCAGCAUAACCUAAAAGUUAAACCAUCUAAAUGUCGACUAUUGCAAAAAGAAGUGUUCUUUUUAGGGCAUCGCAUUACAGAAGAUGGAGUAGCAACAGAUCAGGGAAAAACGAGUGUAGGAUCCAAACCACGUUUGGACUGCUGGACAGCUGCCUGGAUAAGUUCGAUACGCGCCCUCGCCCGUUUGAAACCAAAACAAGGUAAUUGGGUAAGAUAGAGGUUCUAUAAUUUAUCAUAAAUUUAAGUAUACAUUAUUACCUAAACAAAUAUAACCACACAGCUAUCCAACCAAUAAUUGUUUAAUUGAUCAAAUCUAAACUACAAUAAAUAAGAAAGUUGAUAAAGAAUGCAAGAAAAUUACCAAUCACCACAAAUAAAUGUUAUUCUAUCCUGUCUGGAUAGAUCACGUACAGAUUCGUUCAAAAGGUAAUAAUUGGUCACUCUAUAACACAAUGUUUUCAAUUCUGGAAGAGUGCUUCAAUUCACAACCAAAAUGCACAAUUCCAGUCAACACAGGUCAAGCAAUCAAAGGCAGGAACCAACCAAAAUGACUGCCGCUCAGACUUAGUAUAAAGUAAAACAACAUAAGUGCAGUUCGGGAAGAAACAUGGGGAAUUAGUGAAGGUGUGGUAAAAACAAAAACUACAAUAAAAUACAAAGAUUAACAAUUCAAAUGUAGUCCAAAAGUUAACAAUGUACAACUAAGAAGAUCAAUAGGAACAAAGUGCAAGUAUAUACAUGGAGGGAUUUUCACAAACACACAAGGCAUUCAAAAUGGAUCUUACACCGGCCCCCAAAAUCCCUCCAUAUCACACAAGCUACCUUGAUGCCUACGGUCAUGGUUCAU